UUGCCUCAGUUGCCUGUGAGUAGUGAGACGAGUAGCACGCGCUCCGCUGGUGAUACCCCCAUUGCUCCCAUACUAUCAUCACAGUGCCGCUACGCCUCCUCUUGUAUCCUGAUUUAGACAUAAUUUGUUGUUGUGCUGGUGCUGCAUUGCACGGCAGCACUACUGCACUAGAGUGUCGUGUAUGCCGUUAGCAGCCGAACUUGUCUUGCGGCCGUCCCAUACUCGGCUGCACUGCCAUUGUGCAUCUAAACUGCCGCAGCUUUGAUCAGUGUUGUUAUCCUUGCCACUCUCAUCCCUCUCUAUGUGGUUAUGAUCGUGCCGUAGAAGUCAGGAGAGAGAGAUAGUAGAAGGGCAGGAGUGGCUGGCCACACAAGGCAGCAGCAGCAGCAGCUUGUAUUCAUUUUAGUGCGGUGUGCGUGUGGCAGUCAGUAUGCCACUUAUGCCUCUGUGACCCCGACACUCACCUCGCCUCACCGACACCCUGCCUCUCCACACUGAUUUUUUUAGUUUUGUAACCUGUAGAAAUGAAUGAUUUGGAUAGUUUACGGCAAGAAGUUGAAAGACUAAAGAACAACAUACGAGAUGCUCGCAAAAAUGCUCUCGACACGACACUGGUCCAGGCCACGACGGGCAUGGACCCUAUUGGCCGAAUCCAGAUGCGAACCCGGAGAACCCUUAGAGGGCACUUAGCCAAAAUAUACGCCAUGCAUUGGGGCGAGGACUCCAGGAACUUGGUGAGCGCGAGUCAGGAUGGCAAGUUGAUCGUGUGGGACAGCUACACCACCAACAAAGUUCAUGCCAUCCCGUUACGCUCGAGUUGGGUUAUGACUUGUGCCUAUGCUCCUUCAGGCAGCUUCGUGGCUUGUGGUGGACUCGACAACAUCUGCUCCAUAUACAGCCUGAAGACCAAAGAAGGAAAUGUCAAAGUAAGCCGUGAGCUGCCGGGACACACAGGCUACCUCAGCUGCUGUCGUUUCUUAGAUGAUAGUCAGAUAGUGACCAGCUCGGGAGACAUGACUUGUGCGCUCUGGGACAUCGAGACCGGGCAGCAGUGCACGCAGUUCACAGGCCACACCGGGGACGUGAUGUCUCUGUCGCUGUCGUCCACACUGCGCACGUUUGUGUCGGGCGCAUGUGACGCCUCAGCCAAACUCUGGGACAUAAGAGACGGCGUCUGCAGGCAGACCUUUCCGGGCCACGAGUCAGACAUCAACGCCGUCACCUUCUUCCCGAACGGAAAUGCGUUCGCCACGGGCUCAGAUGACGCGACUUGUCGCUUGUUCGACAUCCGUGCGGAUCAGGAGCUAGCAAUGUACUCGCACGACAACAUCAUCUGCGGCAUCACCUCAGUCGCCUUCAGUAAGAGCGGUCGUCUGCUUCUUGCGGGCUAUGAUGACUUCAACUGCAACGUCUGGGACUCGAUGAGGACUGAGAGAGCUGGAGUGCUGGCUGGCCACGACAACCGAGUCAGCUGCUUGGGAGUGACCGAAGACGGCAUGGCUGUAGCCACGGGAUCAUGGGACAGCUUCCUCAAGAUCUGGAAUUAAGUGGACCUUCAUUUUCCUUCUUCAAGACCUUAAAUUGAUUGAUGUCCUUGCCGACUUCCAUCUAGUUUGAGGACAUGCUCGGUUGCUCUCAUAGAGAAUGAAUAAAAUAUUUGGCGAUAUAUGCAAAAAAAAACUGUAAAUAUCGUGGUAGGUUUCUUCUUUACAUUGGAAUCAAGAAAAUGAACGAAAGAAGAGCUUGUUUAAAAUUCAAGAUCCGUUGCUGUGAAUUUUUUUAUGAACAAAGUUAUUCCUGAAGAACACAUAUUUGCUACUGAAAAUGUCGAUUGUUAAGACGCUCUUGGUUCAGUUUUACGUCAUCAUCGAAGACCUGGCGCGCUGAUAGUUAGGAGAGGAUAAGCGAUUGAAGCGUGGCUUGUGUGACUCAGUAGCCCAUGCGUGGCUGAGAUGCUCGUGCAAUAGUUCCCGCUGCUAACAUGGGGCUGCGGGCAACACUCGUGGAAUAGAUGAGGCAUCAUUCCUUCUAGCCAUUUCUCUUCCUCUCGCCGCACAGCCGCGCCUUGCACGCCUUCAUGGUUUAUCUGUAUAAAAUCCUGUAAAUGUUUUUUCUUAUUUUCGUACUGAUAUGAGGAGCUCUUUUCCUAUUUUUGUUACAUUCCUGUUUUUCUUGAGCUUAGUUUGGCCACGAGUCGAUCUAAAAAUAACGCUUGCAGUACUCGCGCUCAACUGCUAUAGCUCUUCUUUUUUGAAAUUCGGUCUCGUGUUCUAUUUUAUUUCUUUGGCUAUGCACAAACUUGAUCUGCUCAUUUAUGUAUGAUUUAUUUAUGCAGCACAAUCUUUAUUUUAUCUUCUCGGCUCAAAUUUUGCUACUUAAUGAUCAACGAGUGGACUAGGACGCGAGAGCUCAUGGCGCACUGUAGAGGAGGCCCUGGAAUUGACUUGCAUAUUACCGGUUAAUUUGAUAUGGAAGAUAGCCGUCUUAGAAGCUCUAUUCGGUACAAGUAACGCAGGAUUUGAAUAGGAGGAAGUAUAAAAUUGCCGGUGUCUAGUCAGAAAUGGCAAGUUGAUCGUCAAAACACUGCCUGGAUGUGACGGGAAUGCUUCAGUAAUGUGUUCAUAUCGCCUUACGUGGCUAAUUUGUGACUCCGCGUCUAGUGUUUGGGCAUACACUGCGAGAUAACUUAGCCUCACCUGAAGCACGUCUAAGCAUUUCAUUGCGUCACCACACUAGCUUUUUUCAUCAUUGUUUACAUAAAGGACAAGGUGGCACAACGGAGCAUCUAAAUUUGAAUCUAACGUUCUGGUGAUUGUGUGCACCCGCUCGUCUUAUGAAAUCUUUUUUUUGCUACCACAUUCUAUUCAAUAGAAAAUUAUGACGGUGUUCUGUGUCCGUUAGUUGCAGUGGACUGAAAGAAUUGAGGUAGCGCGAUACUAAUGUCGGACGGCUGACUUAAGCAUACUUGGUUAGUUUAUUGGGACCACGUGCUCAUUAUCUGGCUUGAAACGACAGCUGUUUUCAGUUAUCAAGAUUGCGUGGCGGAGGAUCUUUGAUACAAAUCCCUUUCCUGCAUAGGACUAGUGUGCCCUCAGAGUUUCUCUUCGAAUGCCGUUUUGAAGGACACCUCAACUGCCAAUGUAGAUUUAAUUUGGACUACUCUUAGUUAGGUAAUGAAUUCAGUGUGGUCAACUUGCUUUGUCUCGGACUUUUCAUCAAAGUGGCGCGCCCACGCUGGUUCUUACGUGGAGAGUCGAAGUGUCACAUGACGAAUCAUAACCUUCGUAAAGCUUCAAUCCUAAACUUAUAAUCCCUUUUGGAGAAUUGAUAUACCCUCCUAUUUGCCUCGCGAUCAUGGCAAAUCAUAGCUCAUAUUCUACGCCUACAUAGCUUCAGCAUCGCGCUCGGCGCUGAUGCGCAUCAAACCUGUGGUAUCUUCCUGCGUUCUUUCUGUUACAUCAGAGAGACUUGCGCCUUUCUUCGGCGGCUUCACUAUCGAAGUUUCAUUCGUAAGGUCCACAACGCGAUCGAUGAAAAUCACUGGUCAACGAAGGGCUUUGCUGUUUUAUCGGGGAAACGAGUUGAUACUCUGUGUGUGUUCAGUGACUUUACUGGGAUGUAUCUUAUUUUUAUUCUUAGUCAUGCAAGUAUUCGAGGUUGAUGAAUUAAAAGUGUUGGUACCAUGACGUAUAGUUUUCUAUAUUCUUGCCUUCCUUAAUUUGAUGAUACUUCUGCUAAGCUUCCAAAACUUCUAGGCAAUUGAGAUUUCACAAUGGGAAUGUAACCUUAAAAGACUUUCUAAGAGCAUUAUUAUCUCUUGUGUCAACGAUGUUUUUUUUAGCAUUCAAUCAAUUGACGCAGUAUGAGCAUUAAGUGAGGUAUAGUAGUUCAAGUCCCAAAUUGGGGCGGGAAAACUAUUCGCUUGAUAUUCCAUUUGGAAUCAUCAUGUCUCCGCUCAGCAGAUCGGUUGCUCAUUGGCGCUCUUCUUUCAUUAUCUCCUGUAACCUGACGCAUCUACGAAUGCGUCGCCCUUUAUAUUCUACAAUUGUAUGGGUCCUGCACAUUGGGACUGCCUGUCUUCUCUGCUGAACCAAAAACUCUCGUCUUGAGAGUUGACUACAGCAUCUUCACAGGUUAUCUUUAAGAAAUUUGCAAAUAUUCUAAUUAUUAUUUAUCCCUUUUUAUGUUGAUUAUAUGUGUAUGUAUUAUUUUGUAAUUAUUUUGUAUGUAGACAUGCGAGUGGUCCACCCGUGCCUCGAUGAUCCAACUAUGGCUCCUCAUUCCUGCCUGACGCUCACACACUGCAUUGCUGUCCCUGCUUCAAUAUGCAAGCUCCUCUCGUCUUACAACAAUCCUCAAUACUUUAUGCUUAUUGUCAUGCAUUGAUGUAGGAAUCACGCAAUUACGAGAGUUGCCAUUGUUAUGGUUAUGUGAACUCGUAAGGAGCAGUAGAUGGAAUGUUGGAGACACGCAAUGCAGGCAGUGAGAGCUUGAGCAGACCUCGCUUGUUUUAAACCGAUCGAGUGCUCCUCUCGCCCUGAUUCGAACUCGGAAUCUCAUAGAACAGCCAUCUACCUCUCCGCCUGCCAUCUUAGGAGAGGUGUUAGGGCUCAGGGCUGUUCUAUGUGGAUCUGGUAUCUUCUAUGAUGGGCAUCUUGGGGGGAGCGGGAGUGGGAGCUUCAAGCGCUACUUAGCAAUUCUUUCGCUAUUUCAAUGCUAACUUGUUCUCGAGGUGGCACAAUAAAAAUUAUGUUUUCACUAAACACCUACGUCUCGGUCGACGUGCUUCAAAACAUGCCAUUCUCUUCUGCCGCGAUCAUAUCAUGAUGCUGAGCGCUGUGCAACGGUGUUAACGAUGUAGCGUUUCGGUUCUGUCGCCUUGAGAGCAGGAUAGCAUGCGCUCGGGUCAUCGUCACACGGCUAUCAUGUCAAAUGGACUUCUCUCAUGUCUUCAUGUCCAAACUUUCUGCAAACAAUAAUGGUAGUAUGGUUUCUCAGCCAGAAAGCUGGAAAGAGAAAUGGUAUAAAUAGUAGUCAUUUCGGACCCAUAUGCGGGAGUGUCAAGUGUCGAUGGUAGCAUUAUUAUACCUUUAAAUAAAUAAUUCCUGUAUUUGUAUAAAGCAAACAUAAGAGCCAAAUGGAAGCACUCCUCUGUUCAUUGUAAAGCAAGAAGAGGCGACGUUAACGUUGGCUACUGCUGGCGAGCAACCCGCGCCAGGCUGAUGGAGAGCUGCUGGUAGCGUCUCUUGGAGACCUUCAGUGGUAGCCGUUUUCCAUCAGAACGGCUCAAGUUGUUCUAGAGCAGCCAUACACCUUUGUACACCCUACCCCAAUCUUUUAACAUAACUAUUUAGUAAUGAAGUAAACUUUUAAAAAACAGACAAACCCAAAUUGUUACUUUACAUGCAAGUGAACAACAUGCUGUAACUGUUUUGAAGCAGUACGACUUUCAUUAUUUAAGAAUGAUCUUUCUAUUGCCUGAUCAUAGACUGAUCAGAGUAUGAAGAUGUUGCGUGUGGUGCAGUUCGGUGGGUGGGGCGUUCGUGUGAUUGCUUGAUCAUUGAUGAAGCGUUCGGGCAGGCUGACGACACCUAUACGGCGUCAUCAGUCGUCUCUGUUCGCAUCGAUCGCUCUUUCAUCCACCCUUUUUCAAUUGAUUCCAACUCCGGUUGUAGCUUCUACCAAGUCUUGUUUGUGAAAUUGUCAUGUAAGUAAUUAUCUGACUUGUCCAAUAAAGCUAUUUGUCUUUACACAG